CCUCGUCCUCCUCUCUUUUCCUUCUUUCUUCAACCCUCCUCUUCUUCAAUACAAAAACUCCUUCGCUUUUGUUAUUGUUUGCUUUCCAACUUGGUUAAGUCUUUCCUCCAGACAAACACCAGGUUAUCUUUUUACUCUCUGUUCUCUUUUCCCCUCCUCCAGGAAAAAGAACAUACCCCUCCCCCUCUCUUCUCUCGCCAGAAAGAGCAACAGACUUCGAUUUCCUCCAUCGAACCUGUACGGGCCUUUUUCUCCGAUUACACGAUAGAACGGUCGAUCCGAAUUUAGAAUACACCCCAUUAUACCCAUCAUGCCUUCCGAAAACGCUCAGUCCGUCAAGAUCCUUGACGAGCUCUUCCAGAAGCUCACCGUCUCCAAGGAGGCUGCUGAGAUCAAGGAGUCCUCCCAGGAGAUUGCUUCCUUUGUCAACGGCCGCAUUGAGGAUCAGGAUGUCCCUACCAAGCUGAUUGACAACCUUACCAAGGACCUCACCAACAAGAAGGAUGCCGUUGCCCGUGAGCGUGCUUGCGCCGCUUUCCAGGCCAUUGCCUCCCACUCUGAGGUUUCUGCUCACGUUGAGCCUUACCUCGCCGUUGUCCUCCCCCAGCUUCUCGCUGCUGUUGGUGACAAGGCUGCCCCCGUCAAGACCGCUGCUACCGCCGCUGUCCUUGCCAUUGGUGGUGCCAUCAACGGCAACGCCGUCAAGGCCUCCCUUGGCCCCAUCAUGGAGUCCAUCCGCAACGCCCAGAAGUGGCAGGAGAAGAUGGUCGCCCUCGACUUCAUUGACGCCCUUGUCGUCUCCACCCCUGCUCACCUCUCUUUCCGCGUCCCUGAGUUGAUCCCCGUCAUCUCUGAGGCUAUGUGGGAUACCAAGAAGGAGGUCAAGGAGCGUGCCUACAAGACCAUGGAGCAGAUCUGCCAGCUCAUUGUCAACAGAGAUAUUGAGCGCUUCAUUCCUGAGCUUAUCAAGUGUAUCGCUAAGCCUGAGAACGUCCCCGAGACUGUUCACUUGCUCGGUGCCACCACCUUCGUCACUGAGGUCCAGGAGCCCACCCUUGCCCUCAUGGUUCCCCUCCUUGAUCGUGGUCUUGCUGAGCGUGAGACUGCCAUCAAGAGAAAGUCUGCCGUCAUUGUUGACAACAUGUGCAAGCUCGUCGACGACCCCAACAUCGUUGCUCCUUUCUUGCCCAAGAUGAUGCCCGGUCUCCAGAAGAACUACGACAACCUUGCCGAUCCCGAGGCUCGUGAGAAGACCAAGCAGGCCCUCGACACCCUUACCCGUGUCGGUGACAUCAAGAACGGUGUCAUCCCCGAGGCCAAGAACGACGGUGCUCUUAACGUUGUCCUUCCCAAGGUCAAGGACAUUCUUUCCGUCAAGUACGCUGCUCAGCUUGAGAAGAUGGCUCCCGUCGUCGAGUACAUUGCCGCCAUUGCCGGUCAGAUCGUCGAUGAGAAGGAGCUUGAGAGCGCCAUCUGGAACGAGAACCUCAUGUCCUUUGUCUCCGUCAUCACUGGCGCCGACAACGCUGAGGCCAUCAUUGAGCAGAUCCGCAAGAAGGCUUCCCCCGGCGCCGCUGCCGAAGAGGAGAAGGAGGCUGACGAGGAAGAGGGUGAGGAUCUCUGCAACUGCACUUUCUCUCUUGCCUACGGUGCCAAGAUUCUUCUCAACCAGACUCACCUCCGCCUCAAGCGUGGUCAGCGCUACGGUCUUUGCGGUCCCAACGGUUCUGGCAAGUCCACCCUCAUGCGCGCCAUCAACAACGAGCAGGUCGAGGGCUUCCCCAAGCAGAGCGAGGUCAAGACUGUCUUCGUCGAGCACGACCUGGACUCUGCUGAUACCGAAAUGACCACCAUUGACUGGACCAUGAAGAAGCUUGCCGAGGCUGGUGUCACCAACACCCAGGCUGACGUCGAGAAGCAGCUCAACGAGUUCGGCUUCACCGAGAUGAUGAUCAAGGGUGAGAUCACUGCCCUCUCUGGUGGUUGGAAGAUGAAGCUCGCCUUGUGCCGUGCCGUCUUCGAGGCUCCCGAUAUCCUGUUGCUCGACGAGCCUACCAACCAUUUGGAUGUCAAGAACGUUAAGUGGCUCGAGGAGUACCUCAUCAACUCCCCUUGCACUUCCAUCAUCGUCUCCCACGACUCCGGUUUCCUUGACAAUGUCUGCCAGCACAUUGUUCACUACGAGCGCUUCAAGCUUAAGCGCUACAGAGGUAACCUGAAGGAGUUCGUCAAGCGUGUUCCUUCUGCCAAGUCUUACUACGAGCUUGGUGCCUCCGAGAUGGAGUUCACCUUCCCCGAGCCAGGUUUCCUUGAGGGUGUCAAGACCAAGGCCAAGGCCAUUCUCCGUGCUACCAAGAUGUCCUUCCAGUACCCUGGUACCACAAAGCCCCAGAUUACCGACAUCUCCUUCCAGUGCUCGCUCGGUUCUCGUAUUGCCGUUAUCGGUCCCAACGGUGCUGGCAAGUCUACCCUCAUCAACGUCCUUUGCGGUGAGCUCAUCCCCACCACUGGUGAGAUCUACCAGCACGAGAACAUCCGUAUUGCCUACAUUAAGCAGCACGCUUUCGCUCACAUUGAUGAUCACUUGGACAAGACUCCUUCUGAGUACAUCCAGUGGCGUUUCCAGACUGGUGAGGAUCGUGAGACCAUGGACCGUGCCAACAAGAUCAUCACCGAAGAUGAUGAGAAGGCCAUGGACAAGAUCUUCAAGAUUGAGGGCUCCCAGCGUCGUGUCAUUGGCAUCAACGCCCGCAGAAAGUUCAAGAACUCUUACGAGUACGAAUGCUCUUUCGCUCUGGGUGACAACGUCGGCAUGAAGAACGAGCGCUGGACCCCCAUGAUGUCUGCCGACAACGUCUGGUUGCCCCGUAGCGAACUUCUCGCUUCUCACCAGAAGAUGGUUGCCGAUGUCGAUAUGAAGGAGGCCCUCGCCUCUGGUCAGUUCCGCCCUCUUGUCCGUAAGGAGAUUGAGGCCCACUGCGCCAACUUCGGUCUUGAUGCCGAACUCGUCUCUCACUCCCGCAUGCGUGGUCUGUCUGGUGGCCAGCGUGUCAAGACUGUCCUCGCUGCUUGCUCUUGGCAGCGUCCUCACUUGAUCGUCCUUGACGAGCCUACCAACUACCUUGACCGUGACUCUCUCGGUGCCCUUUCCAAGGCUCUCAGAAAGUUCGAGGGUGGUGUUAUCAUCAUUACCCACUCUGCCGAAUUCACCAAGGAUAUUACUGAGGAAGUCUGGGCCGUCGUUGACGGUAAGAUGACUCCUUCCGGCCACAACUGGGUUCAGGGCCAGGGCUCUGGUCCUCGUCUUAAGGCCGACGAUGACGAUGAGGAGGAGAAGUUUGACGCCAUGGGCAACAAGAUUGUCAGCACCAAGAAGAAGGCUAAGCUGACCUCUUCCGAGGCCCGUAAGAAGAAGAAGGAGCGUAUGGCUCGUCGCAAGCGUGGUGAGGAGGUCUUCUCUGAUGAGGAUGACAUCUAAACAUUAUCGCCCGGCAUAUAAACCAACGCAUAUAGAUCCUUUUCUUCUUCGUUUCUCAUUUUCGUUUCUUUUUUUUUGCUAAUUAGCCUUUUAUUUCCUUUGUCAUAUCACUGCGGGAUACGGUAAACAAAAGUUGCAGACACGUUUUGGUGUUUUUCUUUUACUUUCACGGGUCAAUGGUUGUUCACAUCGGACUUGGAAACGAAAAAAGGCCAUGAGGAAAUAGGCUGAGAAAAGGGACCACAGAGCCUCUUGUAAAAGCUGGCUUUGGGAAGGAGGAACUCCCGCUGACGGAUUUUGUAUCGGGAUGGUCUCUGGGGUCAUGAACCUUCUCUUCUGUUCUUUUUCCUUUUUUGGUUGUCCGCUUCCACCAAAACUCAAGGUCCUGGUAAAAUUUUACCUGAAGAAAAAAUAGUUAAGACUGUCAUAAAAUGGAGGUAGACGGUUAGACGAAAGCACAUGAAUAGACAAUCAAACCAAAUUUCUAAUAUUUCAAACUCCUUUUGCAAAGUAAACCAAAUAUCAAACAAGCAAGGCAAUCCAGGCAAUGCCUCCACAGGCGUUAUUCAAUUACACGAUGGAGUCAGAACCACACGCUGAUUUAAACAUGUGUCACGUGACCGGGGUUACCAGAGCCAUUGUCAUUGUUAGAUAGUUUUUGUUUACAACUUUGGGCGGACUUCUUAGUCUCGUGUCUUUCCUCGGUAGAGUUCCAUUCACGACUGCUGUGCACCAAAUCACAAGGGCGUUGUUGUUGUCAUUCUGGGUCAUGAACAUAAAUUGGAUUGAACGAGCGGUGCAUUCCGCGACUAUAUAACAGAAUCUGUGCAUAGAGACACAAAAGGUAUCAUAAAAGUAAACAAUGGUAGCGUAGUGUUCGCCGAAAAAGUAAAGCACAAUCGAAAUAUCAUGUAUCAUCCACUCUAGCCCUCAAUUCGGGCGACUCGGGCCUUCUUGUAACCAAACAAGGCAAGGAUCUCUCUCCAGAAGCCAACUGGGGGCUCCGUGAAUCUCGCCUCGUACGCAUCAAUAAUGGGGCGCUCCCAGACAAGAUCAACCUGAGAUGGCCUGACGAACUUGGUUCGGUGAAUCAGUUUCCAGCCAAAGAAGAGAAUGGGAGCCAGAAUCUGCAUAGUGUAUUGCUUGAAGAAAGCUUCGGCCGUGAAGGGUACGCGGAAUACCUCAUAACCAUACGUGAUGACAAUGAUGCUCUGAAUGAUAAGAGCAAUCCAAGCGCCAUACGGUUGGAACCAUCCGGUGUAGGGCAGCGAGUUGCGGUCGAGGCCUUGCUUCUUGCAAGCCGAGUAGUAGAAGAGGAAGGUGACGGAUACCACAAGGUAGUCGAUAAUACCUCCUGCAGUGAUCAAGCUGGAUAGCCAGGUAAUGACUGUGUAGGAACUAGAGCUGACAGAGAGGAAAGAGAGGAAGGGGAACACCAUGACGAUGCAAAAGCAGUAGAUGGGAACACCAGCGGCGGUCGUCUUUCGCAGAAUGCGGGGAGCGCGGCCUUCCAGCGCCAGGCCGUACAGAGAGCGGGUGGCGCAAUACGUGUAGGUGUUGCCCGCGGAGAAGAUGGAGGUAAGCAUGAGGGCGUUGACAAUGUGAGGGAGUACGUUGACGCCCAUGUUGGACAUGGCAAUGACGUAUGGGGAUGCGCCAGCACCAGCGCCGCCCGAGAUCUGAUCUCCUUCCUUUGGCAUGAAUUCCUGAGGGUAUGGUUCUCCAAUGAUGGGACCAACACCACCUUUGACGGGCCAAACAAGCUGAAAGAGUGACUUAUCUCUAGCAGACAAAAUGAUGCCAACUGCCAAAGCUGAGCCGACGAAGAAGAGACCAAAGCGGUAGUAGACAGUCUUGAAAGCAGCCUUGAUGUAGAUUCGCGGGCGCUUGGCCUCAGCAGCAACCAUGGAAAUGUACUCGGGGCCAACGACGGCGAAUGAGGCACUCCAGAGCGAGGCGAGGAAGCCUUCGAAGCGGCCCUUGGGGCCGGUACUAAGGUAUUCGAGGAAUGCAGAAGGCUCGUACCAUGCUCGGAAUCCGUAUGCGUCGUGUUGGGGGUUGCCACCAACCAUGGUGACGAAGGUGAAGAAGAACAGAAUGAAGAUGAGGAUGACCUUGCCGCCAGAUAGCCAAAACUCGGCUUCACCGUAGCCGCGAACGGCGAGUAAGUUGAGUGCACUGUAUAAAAUGGUUAGAAAACAUUGUUUUGUAUAUAUGCGCCAUUGACAAAGAACUUACGCAUAGCAAGCAAUGACACCAGCGCAAAUGCCAGCGGUUGGGCCAGGGUCGGCAAUCUUGUCACUCCAGUAGGACAUGACCGUGCUGAGAGCAGAAAUCUCAAAGGGGAUCAGCAGGGCUUCAUAGAGGAAGAAAUUCCAGCCAGCCAUGAAGCCGACCGCAUCGUCGACGAAAUGUCCAGCUAGGCGAAUGAAGCCGCCGGAAACGGGGUACAAGACAGUCAUCUCAGCCAGCGAGUUGUUGACAAGAGCCAACACGCAGGGAUAGAGCGUAAAGGCGAGCAGCAAGCUGCCAGGACCGCCCUUGGCAAGACCCGUGCCUAUAGAGACAAAAAGCGCCGUGCCAAUAGAGCCGCCAAUCGCAAUGAGCUGGAUCUGGCGGUUGUUGAGCCGUCUGUGCAGACCGUCGGCGUUGUCAGUAAAGUGGACGUCGUCGAAGUCGUCAGACGGCGAGCCGGUAGAACCCAUAUCAGGGUCCAUGACCGCUUUCUUCUCUUCUUCUUUACCCAUGAUGGCGGUGUUGGGGGGUCGAUUUAGAGGUAGAGCGACUUGCGUGGAGAGGAGCACGUGAGGUGUGCAAGGUCAAGGUUCCAGCAACGGGAAACAAAGCAGAGCGCAGUGCUAUCUUGAGUUCGUCAUGGAGAAGCAGUGUGCUUUCGAGUCCCAAUUGUCACAAGCAAAGUGAGUAGGGGAGUAGAAUGAAGAUGGGAGAAGCAAAACUUAGUUCCAAAGUGGGUGGGUGGGAGGAAGGCUGAGUAUUAUACGUAUUGGUGGUGGGUGGUGUGGGAGGAUGAAGCGUAGAGCAAGGCUUGGGCGGCAAGGGAAUUAAAAAGGAAAAAAAGACCAC